AUGUGCCUUGGUGGGAAGGGAACACUCGUCAACUUGGUUACGGCUGACCACGAUUCGUUCAUGCAGCAGCAGCAGCAGCAGCAGCAAGUCCAGUCCCUCUUUCUAGACCUAUUUGUUAUCCAUCAACAACAGUCACUCUCCACCACCAACAAGCUAAUCCGCCCCGAGCCGACCGACUUGCAGGCUGUAUUGAAGAACGGAAAACAUAAAGAAGAAGACAAAGAAGAAGAAGAAAAGAAAGACAACAUGCAGUCGUGGGCGACCAUUGCCGCCGCCGUGGCGCUGCUGGCAAACGGGGCCGUUGCGCAAAACAUGUUGCGCUUCGCCUGCUCGCAGCUGGUCGUCGACCGCGUCGACCCUCUCGUCAACCCGGGCGUCCGCUACACGCCCCAUCUCCACCAAAUCGUUGGCGGUAACUCAUUCAACCUGACUAUGGACCCGGACUCGCACGAUCUAGCCGGCCAGUCGACCUGCACGUCGUGCAGCUUCGCGCAGGAUCUGUCCAACUACUGGACGGCUGUCAUGUUCUUCAAGGCCAAGAAUGGCAGCUAUCACCGCGUGCCUCAGGUCGGUAACGGCGGUCCGCAGGGCAAGCUUGUCAAUAAUGGUGGUCUUGAUAUAUAUUAUAUCCCGAGCGGGAAGGUCACCGCUUUCAGGCCGGGCUUCCGCAUGCUCGCCGGCAACGCCGCCAACACCGACCCCAAGAAGGUUUCUUCCGGCAACAUCUGCCACCGUUGCUGGACCUCGACAAACGAGGGUAACUUUAUCGGCGGCGCCCCUUGCACCGGUUCCGACACCGUCGAUAUUCCUCAAGAUACCAAGUGCAAGAUGAUUCGCCAGACAAUCAUUUUUCCAACCUGCUGGGACGGCAAGAACCUCGACUCUCCCGACCACAAGUCGCAUGUCGCCUAUGGCGGCGGUUCCGGUGCCAAUGGUGGAGGCUCCUGCCCUUCCACGCACCCCGUCAAGCUACCGCAGAUCAUGUACGAGCUCAUGUGGAAUGUGACGAGCUUUGCCGACAAGAGCAUGUGGCCUGAGUCGGGCCCUGCAUUUGUGUACAGCAUGAACCUUGGUGGCCCCGCCGCCCACGGUGACUACGUCUUCGGCUGGAAGGGCGAUUCUCUUCAGAAGGCCAUGGACAAGGGCUGCAACCUCAAUAAGGACUGCCCGUCUGCUGGUCUGACUGCGCAAACUCCGGCGCAGUAUAAUGCUUGCACUAUCAAGCAGCAGGCUCCUGAGCCUGUUGAUGGCUGGCUUAAGGCAAUGCCAAUGGGUGAAAUGGCCAUUAAGGCCUAGCUAGGCUAAUCAGUUGGUGAAACGCAAUGUUAACCGACCAGAAGAAAACUUGGGAUUUCUUCUUUGUCUAUCGUCAAGCUGUUCAGCAUAGUUCGUGUAAGCCGUAGAGAAGCUAUUACCUCACCUAUCUGUUCU